AUGGUCCGGAAACAUGACACAGUUCAACAAGCAGAAAAACAAAGAGGACAAGAAGGCAUACCUUUUGGACACCUGGUACGAAAGCUUUGUUCUUCCAGAAGUAGUCUCGGGGGAGGAAAAAAGGGAAAGUGCAAGCAGAUCGAAGAUGCAUUGAAGUUCAAAGCUGAAGUUUGCACAGAAAAGAUUGCUGAGACACCAGAGUCUCUUGCCAAAAUUUUGCUAUUCAAGCAAGAAUGGCUGGACAAGGUCAUGGAGGGUGUCAAAACUUUAGAACUGAGAAAGUCUGUGGUCGAUCACGAUGAUCACAUGUACUUAGCAGUGAAGGACACAAUCUAUGCCCGGUGCAAGAUUGGCAAAGCAGUUCAGAUUUCCAAUUUGGCAGAGUUUGAGAAAUUAGCACCAGCUCACAAACGUGCAGAGCCACCGUACUCAUUUCCGUUCUAUGGGCAUACUCUGCAAAAAGUGCAACACCUAGAGCCAAUCCAGUACAAGAAAUUGCCAUCGGCCAUUGGCAGAGCUCUUUUCAGGCCGCUGGCUGAACCACAAGCAGAAGGAUCAGCAACAACAGCAGCAGCAGAAGCACCGACCGAAGAAGCAUCUGAUGAGAAACCAGCUUUCUUCAAGCUCAUGAAACCAACAGCAAAAGCAAAAAAAGCAGCAGAUUCCAAAGAUUGCACUGAAAAGAAAGAGAAGAAAGGAGUAGCAGCAGCAAAAGCUAAGAGCAAGAGCACUUCAAUGAGGCUUCCAAAAGGAGACGUGCUAGAAGGUCAGACUGUGUCGGUUGUCAAUCCCCAGGGCCACUUCAAACCAAGCAAAGACAGAUUGCAGCACAAGAAAGAAUUUCUGAAGAGGAAAGAGGCUGUGAUCAUGCUCAACAUCAGCGGUGGCAUCCUCUCCCACAUGAACAACCACGCAUUUUCUCAGCCUUCUAGCAGCACCCUUGGGUUUCUUACUGGGUCUGCUGAUGACAAGGGGAUCGUCACCAUGAAAAGCAUAUGGAUUCCUGACGUUGAGAGAGACCAGCCUAUCCAUUCCAAGACUUUCUUGGAUGAGGAGUUGAAGGCUUUCUGUGACAAGCACUCUGAGCUUGUUGUUGGGUGUUUGAUUGUGAAGACCGCGGGUGAGGCAACAUUGUGCGAGGAAGAUCUCAACUUUGCUUGUGACCACCAAAAAGAUUGCAAUGAACACUUCGUAACAGCACUGACCGGGAAAAACAAGAUGACCAAAUUUUUUCGGAUCACAGAACAAGGGCUUGAAGCCCACGAGAAAGGCUUAUCAGUGGCAGAUCACGUCAAAGAACUCCACGCUUCUGUCUUGUGGACAGGUCCACUUUCACUUUACCGUGCUUGCAUCUUAAGAGGUGAGAGAACCCAAAAGGAGCUGAUUGCCGAAGCAAGAAAAGCCACCACAGACAAAGGCAUCUGCCACACAGCCAAAGUUGUUCAAGGUUACCAAGCUACUGCAGAGGCACUUGGAUCCAUUGCAGCCUUCCUGACUGAAAAUCUGACAGAUUUCUCCCCGGACAACCUGACCAUUGAGGACCGAUUUGCUCACUGCAUUGAGCAGUUUCCAGAAGCUAGAGACGAGCUGUACAAGGUGACCCCGGAACAAUGUCCCAGAGAUGUACGUGAAGCUGCUCAUCUUUUGACUACCGUGCACAAUCUCAAGACUAUACUUGAAGUGAAAGCAGCCAAAAGGGUAGCGAGCAAAAAUCACACCUAUGACGGGCAAAAGUACAAAAAGAGCAGCGAAAAAAAGAGGGGCAAGGGCGAGGAUGAUCUAUUCCAAACCCCUCCAGCCAAGCGCCCUCGCAGAUCCCCUGGGUCCACUGAUUCAAUGCUUGAUCCAACUAGCACCGCAUCAGCAUCAGCUUCCUCUACUACUCCCACAGCCAGCACAUCUAUCUCUUCAUUGCCAAAAGCAGCGGAAGAAGAGGACUCGGAGGAUGCUGUUGAGGACAGCGAGGGUGAUGCAGAUUUGGAUGAGGAGGAAGGGGAGCAAGGGGAGAGACCAGCGAGAAGGAAGCCAACUACCCGCGUACAUGUCUCAAUCUACCAAAAGGUGUUGGCAAUCCGGGAAGUGGAUCGACUCAUCGAAGCGGGGGAAAAAACUUGCAUAGAGAAGAAAGUGAUGCAGACUUUCCCAAACAUUUUCAUGGGAUCCUUUGGUUCUUUCAAAACAGGCAUGCUGGGUAGGUGGAUCUCUCAGGCUGACAACCAAAAUUGGCGAAGUGUUCCUUGGGAGAAAAUGUCGCUUGAGGAUAGAAACCGCAUCAAGGAGCUACCAGAUUGGAUCAGAGUGCCUUUGGGUCUACUUCCACGCUCUCUUGACCGUUGGAAAUCUGGCAGCAAUGUGCCCCCUUGUGUGGUAGCUUCCCUUGUCAAAAUGGUUGAAAAGGUGACUUGUGGAGGGGCCACCGCCAACUUGACAGCCGGAACUGUGCAUACGAAGGCGGUAAAAGAGGACUGCCAGCGAUUGUUGGAUGAAUAUGCAGAAGCACAGCGCCAGUCUUGUGUGGAAAGAGGGAUUUCACCACCGGAAGCCAAGCUUGCGGUCAGCAGCAAAUGGGUCAACAGACUCUUCAAGACCUACGGUUGGAAACGGAAUACUCCAAACACGAUGGGAGCGUAUCUGGAAUAUGAAGAUGAGAGGAUGGAAAAAUCACGGAAGGCUUGGAGUUUUCUGAGGUUGGACAAAGACAUCAGGCUAGACCUUUGCUUGAAUUUCGACCAGGUGUGGAAGAGCAAUUGGUCUACACCUAAGAAAGUACUCACAAGGACCAGGGACACCGACUUUGCCACAGCAAGCCUUUCAGGGAAACGUGCGAAAGUUUUUGAAGAUCUUCAAAAGCUACAGCCCAAAGAAGUGGAGUGGGAAGCGAAGCGAAGGAGGGUAGCAGGCAAGGAUAGCCGUUGCGACAACGUCUCGCAAUGCCGCCACGCAUUGACCAUGGUGACAUCAUUGUGGGGGUCUGGCGAGUGCGGGCCACUUUGCUUGGUGAUUCCAGAUGGCUUUUUGACUGGGGAUCAGCAGGCAGAGCUCCAAAAGAAGUAUGAGGGUGAUGUUUACUUGAUCAGCACAGGGAGGUCAAGUCACUUCAUGAACGCAGACACAGUGGUGACAUACUUUGACACAGUUUUGGCAGAUGCGUUUGAAAGAAGGUGGGCAUGGUUAUCCCGUGGCAUGGCAGAUCUAUCAGAGAUGGGUCAAGUUUCGCCUGAACCAGUCACCGAAGCGGAACUCAGAGCUGAGAUGAAGCAGUGUGAACAUUUGGCAGAGACUGGUGAGUGGGAGACAUGUGUGGAGGAAGUUUUGGAGAAGCCAGAUGUGAACAGGACUACAUUUCUUUGGCAAAUCGAAGCCGACCCAGACUCUGACGUUGAGGACGAGUUUGAGAGGGACGACAGCCAAUGGAGAUGUUUGCCAGCCUUGUGGCAAACCUUGUUGAACAAUCGAUUGGCAGAUUUUCACAGUCGCGUGCAAGACUCCGAAGCUCUUUGGCAACACCGCUUAGAGACCUUUGGGCCUGAUGACAUCAAAACCAAGAACGCAGAGAAAAAGUUCCAAGACCUACUGGAUGGGAAGGGAUCGUCGUCUGUGAUUUUUGUGUCCAAAACCACCGGAAAAGAAGCCUCAAGUGAUGUUUACAGGAGAAACCUGACCAAUGAGAAUGGGGAACUCAAGGUGAAGUUGAGUCCGAAGCUGCUGGGCUUCAAAUUCAGCAUUUCUUCAAUGACCUUGCAGGCUUUGACCGAGCCUCCCAGUGAGAAGCAUGUGCGCCUUGUCUCUGUCACGGGACAAAGCCGAGACAUACAGCAAGUUAGAUUGCACUUGUCCUACUUGUCUCUUCAUUCAAGCAAAAUACUCAAGGAUUUGCCAUUGCCAAAGAAGUCUGGGAGUGGCAAGGACAAGGAUGCACCAGGAUCAGUGCCCACUGGUGAUACUGAUGAAGUUUGUGAACAGGAUGCAAAGGGUGAGGUGGAAAGUGCGUUGGCUCUUCUCGGUCAAGAUGACGUGGAGGGAGAGGUUGCUGAUGGUGAUUUGGCUGCAAAUUUCCCGGGCAAUGAUGCUGUCUAUGCUGGCGAUUCGUUUGGUGAUGACAAGGAGGACCAUGCGUUUUCCGAGAAUGAGCACCAACCAUGUGAUGCUGAUCUUGAGGGUGAAGAAUGGACUUUGGAUGAGUCGGGGGCCUGCUUCAUUUUGGGUGAUCCCAACAAAAAUGAGGAAGUAGAGGGCCAUUCUCAUACCCCACCAGUUGCUGUGAACAUCUCAAAUGAAAAGCUAGCUGAUUGCCCUGCGUUCAACUUCUUAGAAACUGCUGGUCUUACCCAGUUGCCCAACCUGAAAGGUGCAACGAAGAUGGGUUACUACGAGAAGUUCCUUGCCAUGAACAUCCAAGUCCUGAAUGACGUUUUGGUGAAAGCCGCCGAGGAUGCGGAGGCGGAAAUCGAUGCAGAGAUCGCCCGCCUCGACGCCUUGAAGGAAGACGACUUGGAAGAACUGCGCCGGAAGCGACUCGAGAAGAUGAAGUCCACGCACACCGAGAAGAUGAAGAAACUGGCAUCUGGACACGGUGAAUACACCAUGAUUGAUGAAAAGGAUUUCUUUGACGUGGCCAAGAAGAGCGAGAAAAUGGUCGUUCAUUUCUGGCGAGAAAGCACCUGGAGAUGCGAGAUCAUGGACAAGCAUUUGAGGCAGCUUUGCCAGAAGCACUGGGGGACGGACGCGCUUCGUGAAGAUCAACGCGGAGAAAGCGCCGUACCUCACGGAGCGAUUGCACAUUUGGUGCUUGCCCUCGCUGGUCCUUUGCAAGGACCGUUGGGGCGAAUUGCCAACAGAAUGGCUCGGUCAUCAAGUAUGACUGUUGAGCACACGGCUCAAGCCUGCCGGACUGAUGACUUGCCAGCGGUGCGCAGGGCGCAAGCGCAGCUGUCGGAGGUCUUGCAGACGCUACCCGAGGAGGAUCGACAGGUCAUGGUGUUUUCUCUCCAGUUUCUCCGUGAACGCGAAGAGAAAGCUGCCGCAGAAGUGGCCGAAAGGGCGAACGCGGAAAAGAGUCGCAGCAUAGUUGCUGCCGCUGCCGCGGCUGGCGCCCCCGAGCCGCCGCCGUCGCCGCCGUCGAAGUCGCGCAGCGUGGAGGCGCUGACGCGGCAGGUGGAUGCCAUACGGGCGGAGAAGGACGAGUUGGCGUCGGAACUGCGGGCCCUGCAAGACAUCUCGCAGCGCGAGCGGGACAUCACGAAGGAUUUGCGAAAGAUGCACCAGAUGGAUUUAGAGGAGAUCGGAUCUCAGAUGCAGGUGACAUUGUCCGAGAUCGAACGCUUCCAGAAGUUAGCCGUGGAUCGAGAAAGUCGAGUGAAGGAACUGCAACUUCGUUUGGUGAAGCGAAAAGAGCAACGAAUUACCAAGGCCGGUGUCCCUCGACCCGUGGGCGAGCGAGCCGACGUGGUCAGCGAGGGGGGCUUCUCCAAUUUGUCCGACAUUCUGGACGUCAAGAACGCCUUGGACUUGUAUGUCACCACUGGGCAUAUCGAGGAGCGAGCUUUGCUGGAGUUGCCCCGACAAGGUGCCAUCCUCUCCCAAGUCCCACCGGCUACGAGCCUGGUCACCUUGGUCCUGGCAGAGUUCAUGCACUGCGACGUGGGAAGCUCCGAAACCGCGGGCGGCCUCCGACCACGCUACGAUUCCCUGCUGUCCUUUGGACCCUUCGAGGUGGGCGACGCAGAGGUGGAGCACUUCGCCAAAGGUUCACUGCGCCUGGAAUUGCAGGCGUUUUCCUCUGGCGGGUCGGCUGCCUACGUUCUUGGUCGAGCCUCGCUGCCGCUGGCGGCCUUGUUGGACUGCACCCCGCAGGAUCCCAAUCCGGUGGUCACUGGCACCUUGUACUUCGGCUCAGAGGAGGAUUCACGCGUGCAGAUUGCAGCUGUCCGUUACAAGGCCGGAACGGGCGGCGUUCUGAAUAGAGGACUGCUGGCUCCGGCGGCUCCCGGGGGCUCCGGGGUGGGGCGGUUGGAACAUCCCUUGAUGGUCUACGUGGAUGAUUUGGUGGUACCCCCGCGUUUCGCUGCGCUGAUAGCAGCCACUGCCGGCAUCUUUCUAGCCACGCUGACGUGGUCCUUCACUGUGUCCUCCACUUGGUGUUUCGCGAAUGCCCAAAGUAUCAAUGGACCCUUCAUCAGACUUCGACAUCUUCAUGUUUUGGGCUUUGACUUGGCGAAGAUCUCCUCGACGACCCUCCGGGAGCCGGGCUGGCAAUGCAGCACCGUGGCCCUGGGGGAGCACGGGCAGCUCGUAGGGCCAGCGCUCUGUAGGUCCUUGCUGCCCAUCACCAGACACUUCUACUGGAACAAUAUCACCAUCGCUGGUGUAGCUGGGGCCGGCGCAGGUGAAAACUGCACGUCUUGCAGUUACUUGGAUCUUCCCAUAGGAGGCCCUUGGCCUCGCAUUUCCUGCGAUGAGAUAGGACCCUAUGAGGGACCUUCCAGGCUGCACCUUGGCUGCGACAUGGCUGCGACAUGCGACGAACGUGACCCCCCUGGCUGGAUCCACGUGGGAUGA